UUGGGCCCCCGAGGCCGCCGUUCAGGGGCUGGGGAAGUGCGUGGCGGCGCAGCCGUAGUCGGGCGGCCGGGGUUCACGUGCGGGCGGCCGGCGACCCUCUUCCUCGGGGCACCAUGGCUCAUCCGGGGACUCUGAACCUGAAUAACGAGGUUGUGAAGAUGAGAAAAGAAGUGAAGAGAAUCCGAGUGUUGGUUAUCCGGAAGCUUGUCAGAAGUGUCACUAGGCUGAAGUCAAAAAAGGGUGCUGAAGAUGCCCUGCUAAAAAACCAGCGACGGGCUCAGCGAUUGCUGGAAGAAAUCCAUGCCAUGAAGGAACUAAAACCUGAUACAGUAACUAGAUCUGCUCUUGCUGAUGAUAUCAACUUCGAGAAAAUUUGUAAGAAGCCAGAUUCCACUCCGGCUGAGAGAGCGGUCGCCAGGCUCGCAGCUCACCCUCUCCUCAAGGAGAAAGUCGAUGUGCUGAAAGCUGCUGUCCAGGCCUUUAAAGAUGCAAGACACAAUGUUGCUGAAGUUGAGUCAUCAAAGAGCACUUCACGAGAGAAUCCUUCUAAGGACAGUUUGUGUUCAAAAGACGAUGGGAGCAAGUCGCAACAAGAAGGAAUCAUUAGCAGUGAACAGAAAGUGCAAGAAACCAAAGCACUGGGAAAGAAACAAGUUAGUAAUUCAACAGAAAAAGUGACCAAGAAGAAAGAUGGACCCAGAGCAGGUAAGAACACUGCGCCUUCUCCAUCCAAGACUUCAGGGAGGGGUUCUGCAGUUGCCCUUGAAUCCCAGAAGACACCUGCUGAGCCGGGAGUGAGAACGAGAACGUUAAGUCAGACCUCGAAAAGGGAAGGGUCUGAAAGCUCCCUUGGCGAUAGCAGUGAUGGUGAGGCAGGGGUGCGGCAGGAGGAGGAGGAGUAUUUUGACGACAGCACGGAGGAGCGGUUUUACAGGCAGUCCUCCAUGUCUGAGGAGGAGAGUGACAGCGGCGAUGACUUCUUCAUUGGAAAAGUGAAACGCACGCGGAAGAAGGACAGUGGUUGCCAUGGUUCCGUGGAGGAGCACAGACCUCUCCAGAAGGUGUUACCCAAGCAGCAUGCGCAGGAAGCCCUUCGGGGUCCUGGAAAUGACGAGAGCAAGUCAAGUAUGGAAGCCAGGAAAUUCGAAUCUGUGUUUUUCCACUCUUUAUCUGGAUCCAAAAGCUCUAGAAGCAGUAUCAGAGAACAGGCGCCCAAGAGCAGAACCCUGGAUUUCACACGAGAUGAACCUCAAAUCAAGAGUCAGUUCCGGAAGAACGCACAGAAAGGGCCACAAAACACGAAACAGUCGGCGCAGCUGCCCCUGCAUCCUUCCUGGGAGGCGAGCAGGAAGCGGAAGGAGCAACAGUCGAACAUUGCUGUGUUUCAGGGGAAAAAAAUUACUUUUGAUGAUUGAUUAGUGGUACCUUCUUUUGUAAAUUAAAAAAUAAUUUUUUUCUUUA